GGGCUUUUGUGGAAGUUUUAGCUGAAUGGAAGAUGUGAAAUGUUAUUUCCUUCAUCUUGCAUCUUCAGCAUCUUCAGUGCUGGUAUCAAGUUGGCCUGGUGUAACCAAAACAUCACAACAAAGUAUGGCUCUGGUAACACCUUAGGAGUGUAGGAUGAACAAAUGCAAACAACCGUUGAGUGCCUAUCACGAGGCAGCAGUUGAGACUUCAGGCACUCUACCACACAAUAAAAGUCGAGCCAGAAAUACUAAGAUGCAGACAGAGAUAAAGCUGCCCUUUCAAUCCAGCAUUUACUACACCUGCAGCGAUUAGUCUGUGGAACACGUGUCAGCACAGAGGUCAGGUAUAAUGAUACACAGCACUAAAACACUUACUACGUUAACUUUUAACAUAUCAACUGUAAUCUUAAGCAUCCCAAAGCCUUUGACCCUUCCUUUCUUAGUGCAGAUAACGUAGUACCGUAUUUCAAAAAGGCUCCUUAAUCAUUCUAAGUCUGGGAGUUUGCUACCUAUAAGAUGUGAAUUAGUAGGGGGGAAAAAAAAAAUCAUUGCUUUUUUGUACUGACAAGGCUAAAGACUGGCAAAGUAGCUACAAGAGCAAUUGAAAGAAUACCUGUACUGCAGAGACAAGCACUUUAAAAUUAGGAACAUCAAGCAUAAACCCUAGAAAUAGCACUUGCACAUUUUAUCCUGUGCAGCAGGGAAUUCUGGUUCCCAUUGGCUAAGCCAAGCAAGUUAAGGGAAUAAAUAAGUCUGUCUGAACAUAUAAGGACAUGACCCUGCUACACACCAACUAGAGAUCACUGCUGGAAGGAUGCUUCUCACCACUUCCUUCUGCUAAAGCUCUCCUAUGUAGAGAACUUAAAAAAAAAAAAAAAAAAACACCAAAGUGAAACAGGAAGAUCUUAGUCGAAUAAACUGGCUAAAACCAAAUAAGAUACCACAUCCUUAAUAGCACUGGGCUGUUUCUGUAAAUAAAUGCAACUUAGCAGUCAUGUCUUUUUCCAUAUUUCAAGAUGGCAUUAUAAUACAGCCACUGAUUAAGAAGCUCUGCUCAAGGAGCCAGGUUAGUUGUCUACUGCAGAGUUAGGCUGCGUUAUUUCUAAGUAUGCCGUAACUGUGUUAAACACCUCCUUAAACAUGGCUGUCAUGCAAGAGUUGAAUCUGGAGUAGAACAGUAUUUGUACAGCACACCUUUAAGUGUGCUAUACAAUACACCCUAAAGUGCUCUCUAGAUCUAAAGAAUCAAUCUUUCCUGUAAAAGCACUCAUCUCAAUGAGUCAAGUCUCUGCAUGAGUGAAUACUUAAAAAAAAGCUAUAGCAUUGGCAACAAAUACAGGCCAUUCCAACCGUUCUGUCAUCGAAUGAAUGUGAUAACAAAGACAUAGUUUGAUUCUUUCCACUAUUAAGUGAAAACAUCAAGGUAUAAAGCAAAAGUGUUCUAUAAAACAAACAAAAAGCUGCUUAUUUAUGUCAAUGUGACUAUUUUAGAAAACACCUAUAUACUUCUAAGUCUCAAGUUCAGAUUCUUCAAGUUGUCUAUUGCUACAACAGUGAUAAAGGUUUGCUCUAAGCUGCAGCUCAGUACAGAAAUACUCUGACUGUCACACGUAAGUAAUGCUUGCACAAAUAUAUUCAGAUUUUGUAAGAAUUUAGCAUACACCAGUCACAGCCUAUUCCCUGUGAUUCAUACUAGAGCCAAACUGAAACACUGGACUACAUUUCCAUUACACUGUCAGAGUAAUGGAGAAGUACUGAAUAUUUAAUAAAUUUAAUUAUUAGAGGCCACACGUUGCCCUCCAAUAGCUAAAAAAAAAAAAAUCAUAUUGGCAAAUGUCAGGUCUGCAAGAAUAUAAACACCAUUAAAGAAACUGCCCAGAAUGGCCAGGGCUUUCCAUGAAGUAACAAAGACGAGUGUUUCCAAAAGGGCAGCUCCGAUUCUACCCCCAAAAGGACCUAAGAACAUACCCACUACAUCCUGUAUUCAGGUAUAGUUCUGCACUUGUUCAUGUUGAUUUCUAUUCUUUAACUGAACUGAACUGUAGUCCCUUUACCCCAGUAGAAGUACAUAUCCUCCAAUUUUACUUAAAUCUUUCUCAAGCUUUUAUGUCAAGCAUUUAAAUUUCAGUGCAGUAAUCAUUAAUAAUUGAAAUAAUAUGAAGAUGUUAAUUUAUUCAUCAUAUAAUUUCAUAUCAUUUUUACCCGACAAGACCAGCAAAAUUUAGCUAUAACAUUCCUGAAAUAGCUUGUCUGUGUAAGAAGAAAAAAUAGCAGUCAUGUCAUUAUACAAACCGAAUCCAACAGGAAUUUUGUGGCACAAAGACUCCAUUAAUGAGACAAAUGGGUCCAACAAUGAUCAAAGCCUGUGGAAGUUUUUGAGGUAGCAAAGGCAGUGAAAGGCUGACACUUUCAAGAGAAACACUGAACAACCACACGUUAAGAAAUCAGAUCUCUCAGCUUUCGUGCUAUUCUGUUGAACGUCUACAUGACUUACACCUGGAUUCCUGUAAUAUUUACCUCUAUCUCCUGCAGUUGCUCUUGAUUUGUUGCAUACAUUUGCUGUAAAGAUUCUUCUAGUUCGGUGUUGCGGUCCAGUAGCGUCUUCCCGAGCUCAGCAGCAAGGUGAAGAUCUGAACAGAGAAGUCAUUUGCACAUAAGGUACGGAGCCAACGGCAUGAUCUGUUUUUCAAGUAUUUUAACCAAAUACUGAGUGGAAUUAUUAUCUUUUUAAAUGACUGUGGUACCCAAAAAUGAAGUUAGCUUAUAGAUGUAUUGGCCAUUCAGAUGCUGUCUGUAAGGCAAAGACUUAAGCGAGUCCUGAAACCUAGAAGAUAAUCUUACUUCAUGGCCCUUCCUGGGGUCCUCCUUGGGUGCUGCAGCCUUGGGGCAGACGCAGGCAGCCACCUUCUCUUUGCUCCCCUCCUCCUGCCCUGUCCGGAAGCACCUCUAAUCACAGCGUCUGUUAACUAUUUCACUGUGGUCGCAACAGUCAUGUUUUAGAAGAAUAAGCAUAAAAUACUCUUUAAGUGCUCAUCAGGUUAGACUGAGGCCAAAGCUGACUGCAUCCUCAUUUACUGUGCUGUUCUUCCCCAUUGCCCCUUCACCAAGGAGCUCAGGUCGCACAGGAUCAAGAGCAAAAUGAAAGUUCCAGGCACUCGAUGGCGAACUGGUAAUAUCACAGACACAAAACUUAAAGGAAUGCAGCUAUUCUGCCUUUCAAGCUCAUAAACCUAGGAGACAGCAAUUGCUUUAUGUGCUCCAAAACACCAUUUUAAGUGUAAUUUGUUCUCAGGUACUUAAUCUCUAUUUCACUUCAAUCACCUCCGGGGUACAGUGACUGUAGUUGUUUCAAAUUAAGAAAUAAGUCAUCUGAAGACCCAGGUCCUUUCUCAAGGGAAGCAGCAUGAGUAUUGCUAGAGGUUUCACGUUAUUAUGUUUAAAGAGGCAUGCAAUUUAAAAUCUAUCGAAACACGAUGAAAUCAAUCCAGUGUUAUUGCUAAAAUAGUAAUCACUCUGUGCAGGUAUUACAUCUGUUGGAUUUGGAACAUCUUACUUUUCACCUCCUUCCCAUCACCUGGGCCUGACCAGGUUUCUCCUGCACACAGGACAGCCUUGUUAGUUCUCAUAUGGGUAGGAAUAGCAUCACUAAUGGGAAAGAGGCAGAAGGAAGUUCAAGAAAAUCCCAGAUUCUCUUCAAGAAGCCUGGAAUGAAUACAUGAGACAUACUGCACUGCAUCACCCGCAGUUGUAGUUAGACAAGAAAACAUUUUCAGUUCUCAUGUGACUAAGAUGCCCUUGUUUUAAGGUGUUUCUCGUCCCUUUCCUGCCCUUUCCCAGUCCCCUUAUCAGCUGGUUGUUGUAGCAGACAGAAGGCUGUUCCCAGACUGCUUUGUGCUAACCUUCACUUUGGCAGCUUGUCUGAAGUGAGUACUUGGUCCAGAUACAUAAACCAAAGACUGAAUUCAGACCAAACAGACAAGUGUUCCUGCUCACUUGUCUGUGUAAGCUGUAGAUGUCCAGUUCAGGACAAACAACAGCUGUGGUAGUCAUUACACAUUCUUUAAGGUAGGAAACAACGGCUGUAGCUGUCAGACCCUUUGAAUAAUGUUAGUGGAAUUUAUGUACAAGUCACCCUGUACGCAAGGUGUUGCUAGAGCUGGGAGCUGCAUGGCUCACUGCUUUACACUUAGCAGUUUAUCCUCACAUAGCUUUUUUGUUGUAACACCCCUUGUUAAGAAACACAGCCUACUUCAGAGCUUCUUCCCAGGGUUUAAAGUGUUUGGAUAAAGUAACCUUAAGUUUUUCCCAUUUCAAAACAGAACUAAUUGAUUAUCCGUGGAUGGAUCACCUCCUAAGCAGCCGAACACCACGCUGUUCUAUUGCAUUAUGGAGUAGUGGAGUCUUCAAGCCCACUCAGCCCUCCUGUGAACCAGGACUCUGACCCAAAGUUCUCAUUCACAUAAAUCUUCACCACUACUCACUGUCUUUAAAAUCCAUCAACAAUAUUGGAAUCAUUCAAGACCAUUCUUUUAUUUUAACGGAGUAGAACCUAAAGAGCUUUAACAAUCCUCAAUCCUUCUCAAGAUUGAACGUGUAAAGGUAUUACUUGCUGCCAUUUCCCUUCCCAAAGGGAAAGUUUCUUUUUAUGUUUAAAUACAUUUAGAAGUAGACAGUGUCACUCUUAAAUGCCCCCACACCUACUAAAUCAAGAGGCAUAGCCACAUGGUGCUUUGAAUACAGUGCAAAUAACAGAAUUCACUUCACUGUACAUUAAUAAUCGUUCUGUUCAUUAGGAUGACUGAAGCACAGAUGGAUUACCAUGGGAGAAGCCUACUGUUUGGUAAUUACAGCAAUUUGGUUUUGAGGAGGAGAAGACAAGAGUUCAAUAACAUGCAAUGAAACCCUAGCUGCUACCCCAGGAACAGGCUGUCAGUGCCUUCCAUUCGGACUUGAGAGAAGCUAAUCGUUAGGAACGACGGUUGUGGUGCUGGGAGAGCAGUCAGCGAGCUCUGAGCACACCGACCUCUGGGACGGAGCGCUGCCCGCCAGCUCCGGCAGGGAGCCCAUGGGGAGCGUUCACUCGCGGUACGAAGGAGCGAAGUUAAAGCAGCGCGGCAGGAGCUCCGGCACCACGCAGCACCGAUGCACUCCGCAGGUCUUCUGCCCCACCAACACCGACGCGGAAGAAGAGGCUCACGCAGUUGGGAAGAUGAAGUUGGCUUUGGAAAUCCACCCCAAUGCCCUGGCGUACUCCAUGACCACGUUAGGUGCUGGAAUGAUGAACAGUGUCUUUAAUUUCUACUACGUCAAGCUUUUCCUAAACAGAUACAGAAUUUCAGAAGUAGCAUUUCAUCAAGCACAGGUUGUAUUUAUGAUAUGGAACGCCAUUAAUGAUCCACUUUUUGGCUAUAUUCAAGAUAACUCCAAAUUGCCGUGCUGCUCCAGACGCCAGUUUUCAAUUCUCUAUGGAGCUCCGUUAUACGCGUUAGCUUUUUUGCUUCCUUGGUUUCCUUGGAGACAUUAUGAAGAAGGUGACUGGCUGAGUGGUCUUCACCUCAUUAUUGCAUUAUGUGCUUUUGAUGGUUUGCUUACUUUUGUGCUGCUCGCGCAGUGCGCGCUCUUUGCAGAAAUUUCAACAAGACAUGAAAGCAGACUUCAGCUUAUAAAAUACAACCAGGUUGCAACGUUAAUUGGAUCAACGAGCGUUCUCUUUUGUGGCCUGAUAUCAGAUAAUAUGGAAAAUUUUGCUUAUUUUCAGGCUUUUGCUGUUUUGAUUGCAGCGUUAGCGACUGCUUGUAUGUAUUACACAGGCAAGUACAGUACCAGUCAGUAUGAGCAGAGAGGAAUCCCUGCAGAGAACGCUGAUCGAGGAAAUGGUGACAGAGCUCUCUCCUGGUCCUCGGUAAUUUCACUGACCAAACAGAUUAUGACAGAGAAAAACUUUGUAUUUUUUGUUACUAUGAACUUCUUCCAAGUUUUCCACUUAGCGUUCUGCAACAAUUUCAUGAUGAUCUUUGCGGAUAAUCUCAUUCCUAAGGAUGUCCUUUCUUCUUCUCUAAGAAGCAUCAUGUAUGGAGCAGGCUUCAUUUGUCCUCAGUGCCUUGUUCUUCUCAGUCAUGCUUCGUUGAAGAAGUUUGGUUAUUACAGAAUCAUCUUGUUUUCCUUUUACUUUGAAGGAGUAGCCGCUGCUGUUAUGUUUGUUCUAGGACCAGGGCAUUAUCAUCUCCUGGCGUUUUAUCUCACAACAAACAUGGUAAUUGUACAAGCUUCGUUUAGUUUGUUCAAUUUGCCUCUGGCAGAUAUUGUUGAUGCAGAUUUAAUCAAGCACAAGCGAAGGUCACCACUUUCCUCUAUGGUUUUUGGUACCAAUGCUUUAUUUACCAAGCCUGCCCAGUCUUUGGCUCCAAUGCUUGUGGUUACAAUACUGAAUCAAUUUGGUUAUGAGAACUUGAAUAAUGAAGUCGCUCAGCCUGAUCCAAGUCUGUUUUUAGGUCUUCACGAUGCCAUGUUCUAUUUGGUCUGUCUGGUUCCACUUUGCAUUGCAGUCGUACAGAUCCUGACGUGGACUCCCUUUUCAAUCCAGAAUAGUCAUAUGACAGCUGCACACUAAAUAUUUAACUGUUGGUCGUUAAAUCAUCUGAUGAACCAUACCACAAAAGAGUUAGCAUAUUUGAAAUGUGAAAAAGCAAGAUUGCCUUAAGUGGACUGUUAGAUCAAAUACAGUUUGAGCCAUUUCAAUAAUAUUGCACCCUUCUUUGUACUGGAAUAUAAUAAUUCACAUUCAGCCUUAAUGAUGAGCCAAUAUAGAGGGGUUUUUGAGUUCAGUUAUUUAAAUACAUUGUGCUUUAUCCAUAAUUACUACUAAAGUCAUUUUUGGUAUAUACUGGUCACUGUUACCUGCUUUGAAGAAUGGAUAUGGCAGAUCAGGUGAGCGAAUCCCAACUCAGCCCUUGGAAUUUGAGGGAUGUAUGUUCUUAACCUUACUGAAAGGUGGUGGAUGAAUUCUGUCAUAGCUGAUAAAAUGUCACCUGUCUGGGGUUAGUCCAUAAGAGCCCAGAGGGACAUCCCUCAGGGAUGGCAGAGAGAUGAAGAAAAAGAUGUAGCUGGUGUCCAGCUGACCAGUAUCAAUUCAAAUCUGCCAGCUGCUACAGGAAGAGACAGCAGUAAUUAACCACCCUGUAAAAAUCUCUGUAAAACUAAAUAAGAAAAAGAUUAAAAUGUUAUUCAAUUAAGUGUUAUGGAAAAGGCUCCAUACUUCCUCUUUGGCUUUCACAAUGUCUGCACUUGGUGGCAGGUACAUGUAGUUCCUGGCUUUUUGAAUGGGAAAAUUGUUUUGAGGUACAGUGUUGUUAGUUUAUACAAAAUGUCACUGUGGUAAGAAGAACGUUAACAUAUGGAUAUAGCAGUGUUCAGUUCGUUGGGUCAAACCUUAAUACACGCAUUAAGUCAAACUGUUCCUGCUUCGUACUUUUAGAUUGGCAAAUUUGUUUUAUAUGCUCACUGUUUAAUUUAAUUAAUUAAUGAUUCAUCCAGUUGAUGUUGAUUUUUGAUUUACCCUUACAAAAACCUUUUCAGGCAGGUUUUUGAAUGGAUCCUGUGAUUUUUCUAGAAUAAAGUUUUUUUUUAUACAAUUUCAGAAACAUUGAAUCCUAUCUAUUUCACACAUGCUUUCCUAAUUCUCUUGCUAUGAGGGCAGGAGAAAGAAAGCAUAUUUAAUCACACCCAUAAUCAAUCUAAAAGAGAAGUGAAAAACUGGCUUUAAUUGAGGUGGUAGUCUUACUACAAGCAAUAGUGAUAGGAAGUUGACAGUAUUUUAUGAUUGAUAUAACUUUUUUCUCCAUUUUCUGUCAUUCAUUAAACUUUGUUAUCUUUUGCUAAACCAACAUGAUUGUUUUUGGCUAUGAAUCAAGUAAAGGAUGAUCAAAUUCAAAA